GCUUGUUCUCCACAGUCUGCGUUGGAGGACUGGGAGCUUAAGCAGGAAAAGAGGCAAACUCCACAGGAUCAUUACCAGUAAAGUCUGAAUGCAUCAUCCUAACUGAAAAGACACAACGGCUGCACCGCUCUCCUGUAACAACAGUCAUUCAAGAGCAGCUUAUUCUUCACUUCAUAGGCUUUAAUCCUGCCUGCAUGUGUGCGGUGAUGGCUGCAUCCCAAACCCUCUGAGAGCUCUUCCUCAAAAGAUGCAACCAGGAGGUCUUCCCACUCCACCCGCUCUGCUGCCACCACCUCCACCACCUCCACCACCACCUCCACCUCCUCCUCCGCCACCACCGCCUCCUCCUCCACCACCACCUGCCCCUGGCCUUCCUCCACCCCUAAAUGGCCUGGGCAUCAAUUCCAAGGGGGGGCGGCGGCGCUCCAAGAUGCGCAAUUUCAACUGGGAAACGCUUCCCAAGCACAGUGUGGUGGGAAAGCACAACAUCUGGACCACGGAUAAGAUUGACGGGGAGUACGAGUUGGACACGGUUCACAUGGAGGAGCUGUUCAGCCACAAGCAGGGCCAGCAGCUCAAGGCCCAGAACCGCCAGAGUCUCAGGUCGCAACCGACGGCUGGUGCAGGGGGGGAACUGGUUUCCAUCCUGAACUCCAAGAGGAGCAUGAACAUCGGAAUUUUCCUGAAGCAAUUCAAGCGGCCUCUGAAAGACAUGAUCCAAGACAUCAUAUCAGGACGUGGUGACAGUUUUGGCUCAGGAAAAAUGAGGGAGCUGUGCAAGCUGCUGCCAGAGGACGGGGAGGUCAAGCAGCUGGUGGGUUUUAAGGGUGAGGACUCGGCUCUCCCUGAAGCAGAUCUGUUCAUGCUGAGGCUGGUGAGGAUUCCCAGUUAUGAAGAGCGUCUCAGCAGCCUGGUGCUCAAAGAGGAGUUUUUCCCGCUCAUGGAUGAAAUGAGAGAAUUCAUACGCACUUUGACGGCGGCUGGACGAGAGCUGCUGGAGUCUGAUAAUCUCCAUUCUGUCAUUCGUCUGGUACUGAAGACUGGAAAUUACAUGAAUGCUGGAAGCUACGCAGGCACUGCAAUCGGCUUCCGAAUGGCCUCUCUGCUGAAGCUGGUGGACACCAAAGCAAACAAACCUGGAAUGAAUCUGAUGCAUUAUGUCGUGAUGCAAGCUCUGAAUGCCGACAUGGCCCUGCUUGAAUUUCCAGAGCAACUCACACACAUCGUAGCUGCAGCAAGAAUAAAUAAAGGUGAAAUUGAAGCAGAGUUUGCACGACAGGUAAAGAAAGUACAAGUUGCCAAGGUGGACACCCUGAAGCAGGACGACCUAAAGACACAGAUGGAGGAUUUUCUAAAGGAGGCUGAGGUCUGCUUGGCCGAAGUAGAGAAAGAUUUUCAGGAACUGCAGUCAGUGAGCGAUACUGUGGCCGAUUACUUCUGUGAAGACCCAAGCAAGUUCAGACUGGAGGAGUGUUGCUCCAUUUUCAACUCCUUUUGUGAAAAGUUCCUGCGGGCCGUGCAGGACAACAAGGCACGAGAAGUGGCAGAGGUGAAGCGGAGACACAGAGACAGAUUACAGAGCUCUGCCAAGCGCAGGUCCACAGCUACCUGCUCCAGCAGAGACAAGGAAAUGGAUAGUGUCGCAUUAGAGUCCGUCCUACAGAACCUCCUCACCAGACGUGGCUCUCGCAGGAGAUCUGAAAGACCCAUGUCCACUCAAGGAAGCCCGAUGAGCGGCAACCCAAACAUCGGGAGCUUAUCAGAAAUAACCUCACAGGCAAACCUCCCCCCUGCAAAUGAAAAGGGAUGCGGCUCAUUUAGAGCCCACGAGAUUUUCAGAAAAGAAUGGAAUUCAGCAGCUGAAAGCAAAGCACAGUCAAGCGUCGAGGAAAACAAGGCAAUAAGUGUGAUUCCUCGAGAAGAAGAGAUGAAAACUUCCGGUAAAGAGGAAUCUAAAGGAUUUACACACCCGGCCAAUAGGACCCCCAGCACUUCCUCCUCAGGCAAACAUUUGUCAACCACCACUGAUGAUGAUGAUGAGGAGGAGGAGGACAUACAGGACAAUAAUGAGGAGGAAGCGCAAAAGUUGCGAGAAGCAUCUAAAAGAGUGUUGCACUUUCAGAAGAGUCGUGGCAGUUCCUCGUCUGUGGACUAUUCUUUGGAAAAUCAGAAAGCUCCUGGUCCGAGCACCACUUUGCCUCGUCAGCGCACCUUUGAUGAGGAAACCGACCGGUAUCCCGGAGAUCCAACCAAUGAUGAAUUGAUCCGAUAUCUGAUCAGUCCCCCCGCCACCCCAAAACGCAACCUGGGCCGCCGUCACACACUGCCUACCAAAGUCCCUAAAACCGAGGAAGAGGAGGAUAUUCUGUUUGAUCUGUCUCCAAUCAAAACUCCUAAUACUGCAAGAGCAGAGUUCACUGAGCACAGUCCCCCAAAACAAGUGUUUGAUUUUCAUGAGGCUUCUCCCAGCUUUAAAAAAUCGGACGCUCAAGACAAUAGUUUGUCAGCAGAGAAGAAAAACCAGCCGAGUGUUUCUACAGACCAUACUACACAUGAAGGGCAGGGGGAGCAAAACCAUGAGUCGACGGAGUCCACAGGAAACCACGUGCAGAAGAACAGUGAAAAUAUCGCCCCAAAGAGCUCGUGGACUAAGACCGACACGUCUGGACUAUUUUUGAGCUUUUUCAAACGUCUUGGAGACAUGAGCAAACAUCCGAGCAGCAAGGAAACUGUUCAAAAGGGCUCUGGUGUAUAGACUUUGAAAGAUAAGACAUUUAAAGCCAGGGAAGCGAAUGCAACCAUGGUGUUGCUUGAGAUUACCUCACCGUGCCGAUGGUGUAGUGUUUUGAUGAUGGGCCAUGAAGGUUGGAAGAAGUCCAAGAAGGUUGGAAGGAGUCAGAGAAGGUUUGAAGAAGACAGAGAAGGUUGGAAGAAGUCAGAGAAGGUUUGAAGAAGACAGAGAAGGUUGGAAGAAGUCAGAGAAGGUUGGAAGAAG